AUGCGCAUCCGUUUAUAUCUAUUGUUAUUACUGGGUGCGUCCGGAGCAACCUCCAAUUCCAGUCCCCCGACCUUUCUGGAUUUCGCAAACUUUACGGCGACAGAAGCGCAGAUUAGGAACAAGUGUCCGUCCAGUUCCGCCUUUGACAAGUUGAAGGCCGGGUACGCGCAAAUUCGCGCCAACAUAACCGAAGAGUUUCAACUGGAAACGAUUCUAAAUGAAGCGGAAUCGUUCCGAAAGCGGUUUCUGCACGACGCCCUUUUGGGGUACUGCGACCGUCGGGGCUGGUACAGACGGGCGACCAAGAAGACGCUCCUGGCGUUGCGGAACUGUCUCGACCCCAGCGAAAAAUCAGUCAUUCACUUAGUGAACGCGGUCAUUGAGGUAGUGAACGAGUUUAUUUGCUACGAGGAUGGGGCUCGAGCUGCAAUGUUCGUCAGCGAAGACGGUUUCGAAUGCGUCCUAGUCAAAGCGGAGAAGAUGCGCACGUGUUUGUCUAAUACGAUUGCGAUCCACCCAACACUGACAAUAAUCCUGGAGGAUUAUCUAAGCAUGAGUAAGUGCGUGGUAAGGACUUUGGACGAGUGCGACGACGUCACCGCGGCAAAUAUGGUGCAUGCCUUAAUGAAGCGUGUCCACAUAUUCAGUUCGAAUUACACUGCUACUGUUUGA